AUGUCAAUGGAGACGAGUUUGGGGACAAUUUCAGCUAUUAAAGCUCUGGGGUACCCGGGCGGCUCGUGCCUCUCGCGCUGCGGCUGUGAUGAGCUCCCCUGUCCGCUGCUCACCUGGCUGUCGGCGGAGCUCAGGGCUCUGUGUCCGGAGCUUCAAGAUGUCUCGGGUACGGUGUUGUUGGUGGAAGAGCUGAGAAACUUACUGUCAAACAUGUUCUGUCCACUCACUGUUAUGAGCUCUGAUGUGCUGGAACCGCUCGUCCUCCGCAACAUCACAGAGUUCCUUGUGUCAGAGUUGCUCGCGGCUCACGUCAUCAAGAACAAAGGUUUGCACCCAGAGGAGAGUUCGACAGGAGAGGAGCCUGUGAAGGAGCAGCGAGCGGAGGGUCAGCGCUGUGAGGUUUGUCGGGAGGACGAACGCGGCGACGCUGACGAGUCGGACAAACAAAAGGCGGAGAUGCAGGCAGAGUGGAUAUUACUGCUGCGUUCACUCCAUUUGGACGCCUCUUCUCAGUUUGGAGAUGUGCAGACUGAGGUGAAGUCGAGGAUCGAUCGUCUACCAGGUGGAGACAUGAAGAACCCUCUUCUCGCCACCAGCCUCAGCUCAGACCAGUGGGUGGAAGUGAAAAAGUUGAACCGGAUUAUGUUAGAGGACUAUGGGUGUCGGCGACAGAUGAUGAUCAAGCGCUUCCAGGUCACGCUCGAGUCGUUUGCGUGGGGAGAAAAGCAAAAGGAGCGCAGAGCAGCAUUGGCCUCGGUGCCUCCUCUUGUAUCCCUUGCUGGAGGCUUCCAAAUAUCUUUGUCUCAUCUGCUGGCUGCCAGAGAAGAUCAGUCCUUCAUUGAACCAAUCAAAGCUGGAAAGAGCACCCCGGUCUACAAGACGUUAAUGGGGUGCGUACCAGACAGAGGAGGACGGCCGGGAGAGAUUGAGCCUCCUAUGCCAUUGUGGGAAGAACGAAGAGCUCAUGGAAACAGAGGAGGAAGAGGAGGUGGACGCCAUCAGAUGCAUAGGAAGAAGAAAGGGAAGAAGGAGUAG